GAAGGAGAGGUCGGAGGACGGAAGUUAUGCCAUGCAUGACAGAAGACAGAGAAAAAAUUUCCGCGACAGCGCCCUCUGCACGGCUCGAUUGGCAGCGAGCGAUGAAGAUCGUGAAGUUCUCUACGGACGCGAACGGGUACCUGGAGGCGAGCGCGGGGCGGCCGGUGACCGUCAUGGUGAGCCGGCAGUUCUACACGCCGGGGGAGACGGCCGGCGGCCUCUCCGUCUUCUUCACCGUGCUCUGCAUCGUCGACCUCUUCGGCGUCUUCCCCGUCGUCGCGCUGCCCAAGACCAUCAUCUCCUGCGGGAUAUACGGGAUUCCCCUCGUGGUGGCGCUGCUGGCGCUGCAGCUAUACACGGCGGUGCUGCUGGGCCGCUGCUGGCUGCUGGCGCAGGAGCUGCAGCCCGACAUCCGAGACAAGAACAGGUUUCCAUACGCCGCCAUAGCUGAGCUAGCAUUCGGGAGUCGCGUGGGAAGUUUGGUUAUUUUCCUGAUCGAUGCGACAGUUUUCGGCGCGGCGAUCCCCAACUUUAUAUUCGCGUCGCAGAGCAUGCAGCUGUUCUGGUGGAAGGUCAGCUCGGGCGCGGUGAACGUCACGUACUGCGUGUGGAUGGUGAUCAUCGGGAUCCUGCUCUGCCCCAUCAUGUGGCUCGGCUCGCCCAAGGAGAUGAAGUCUGUGGCGGUGACGUCGGUGUGCGUGGUGACGACGGUGGCGGUGUGCGUGUGGGCGUGCAUCCUCAUGGACCAGACGUCGCCGCCGCCCGCCGCCGGCCUGCUCUCCUACGUGCCCUCCAUCCGGGACUUCCUCGUCGCCUACGGCAUCAUGGCCUUUCAGUUCGACAUCCACCCGAUGCUGCUGACGCUGCAGGUGGACAUGGCGGACGGGCGGCGCGUGAACUCCGCGCUGCUGGGCGGCUUCGCCUACACCGUCACGCUGUCCGCCGUCACCACGCUGCUGGCCGCCCUGCGCUACGGCAGCCAGGUGCACAGCAACAUCCUGCAGGGCAUGGAGCCUUCGUUCCCGCUGUACCUGGUGGCGCUGCUGGUGACGCUGCAGCUGUGCCUCUCCAGCGCCGUCAGCAGCUCCGCGCUCUUCCAGCACGUCGAGGACCUGCUCAAGAUACCCCGAAGUUUCUGCAUCCAGCGCUGCGUCAUCCGGUCGACGAUCGUGCUGCUGGGCAUCUUCCUGGGCGAGUCGGUGCCGCGGUUCGACCUGAUCAUGGGGCUGGUGGGGUCGAGCCUCACGGGGCCGCUGAUGUUCGUGUUCCCGCCGCUGUUCUUCGUGCGGCUGUGCUACAAGAAGACGCGGCUGCGGCGGCACCGGCUGCUGCGCAAUAAGAUCCGCACGGGGCAGUGGGCGGCGGCGGGCGCGGGCGGCGGGGAGCAGGCGGCCGUGCGCGCGCGCCUGCCGCUGCUGGCCGAGCGCCAGCACCUGGAGUACGACACCUUCGCCACGGCGGCCGUCGACGUGGACGAGUACAGCGUGCGCUGGUACGACGUGACGCUGGCGGCGCUCGUGGUGACGCUGGGCGGGGCCGCCACGCUCGCCGCCGUCUACUCCAGCUGGGGGGACUUCGUCGACAGCGCCACCUUCACCAAGCCCUGCCUCAUCAACGCCACGGUCGCCGCGCGCACCUUCGUCGAGUCCAUGGCCGACAGCUAGCCGCUCGCGCGCUCGACCACUGCCGCCGUACAGUGCAGCUGGAGAUUAGAGGAUAUCUCAGCGGAUGCUCCCGCGUCCGCCGUAUACUUUAAUUUUUAUCACGAUCAUUUAGGUUAAGUUUAUAACGUUAUGUAAAUAUAGGUUACAUGUUGCAACUGCU